ACUCACAUUCACACCUACGGUCAAUUUAGAGUCACCAGUUAACCUAACCUGCAUGUCUUUGGACUGUGGGGGAAACCGGAGCACCCGGAGGAAACCCACGGGGAGAACAUGCAAACUCCGCACAGAAAGGCCUUCGCCGGCCGCUGGGCCCAAACCCGGACCUUCUUGCUGUGAAGCGACAGUGCUAACCACUACAUCAUCAUUCGUAAAUUAACAGUAGGCCUGAACAAAGUUGGUCACAUAUCCAUCCAAGGCUACUAAAACUUUUAAUAUCAUAACAUAGCAAAUUCAGUGGUAUCGUCAGUAUCAAACCAAUACCUCAAGAAUCGUAUCGGGUGGAAGAUUCGGAUCCUAGUCACUUGAUUUCAUAUCCGAUCCACCUUUGGCUGAAUCUCAAAUAACGCACUUUUAGACAUGUAGUGCACUACAUUAAGUGAACAACCUAUUAUUCUUUCAUCAACAUAGGGCACCUAUAUAGGACGCCGUGAGGAAUUUAGGCUUCAGCCAUGAAUAUUGGACAUUGACGCUUUGUUGGCUCCCUCUAGUGGUUAGAGUCAGUAUUACAGUAAAACUCGCUCCGACCCCCGGUGUGGUGUGGAGAGUCAUCAUUCCGGUGAUCCUUUGUGGGGGUUUUUUUUUUUUGGUUUAUUUAUCCCUGUGAGAUUAUUAUUUUAUCCAAAAGCUCACAGACGCUGACUGUGACCCUGCAGCCCUGCGCCCUAAACCAGAGGAGCAGCUCUCCACCAUGAACUGUGACAUAGAUGGAGACAUGGAGAAUCAGGUUGAAGUGGAGGAGAAGACGCGCCUCAUUAACCAAGUGCUGGAGCUCCAGCACACAUUGGAAGAUCUCUCUGCUCGGGUGGAUGCCGUGAAGGAGGAGAACCUGAAGCUGAAGUCAGAGAACCAGGUUCUGGGCCAGUACAUCGAGAACCUCAUGUCAGCCUCGAGUGUGUUUCAGACCACCGACACCAAGAGCAAACGGAAAUAAAACACACGGAGCGUCGUGUUCCUUCCCAACAGAUAGCUCGUCCUUUAACACAGAGGCCAGUAUGCACCAACGUUCAGGCUUUCACAUGUAUACCCAUGCUGAGCUCUGAGUUUAUUUGUUCUGUAAAAACGUUUCAUUCUUUGCCUCUGCGUUCACUGCCUUAUCGUCCUGGCCGGUUGUGGAUAAUGCUCACGCAGAGAGACGUACUUUCAGCCUGUGGUCCAAUAUCAACAGCAUUAAUGCGCAUUAGCUUCUCAGUAACCCGUUUGAUAAAAUAAUGCAGCCUUUUUUUUUAUGCAGGUCAAUCAUGUUUUUGUUUUAAUGACCGGCUUGUUUUUUUUUAAACUUUUAUAUUACGAUAUGUUAAAGAGAGAAGCAUAGAAAAGACGCGCCGUGUACUCUGCAGCACAGGAAGAUUAGCCUGAACGUGCAUGAGGUGCCAUUAUUUAUUCUUCCAAAGAGACGUGCAUGAUUUAAGAAGCUGAUAUUGGUGAAUGAAUGGGAACAAUGAAGAACUAUCAUGGGCAGUUUAUUUUGCAUUGGUAAAAAGUCAGUGAAGGGGCUGGUUAUAAAUAUUCAGGGUCUGUACGUGACGUCCUACUUGAGCCCGGUCAGGUGAAGACAAUGCCUUUAUUGUCACGUAUACAAAUACAGUACAGUUACAUUCUUGUCUUUGCAUAUUCUCGCUUGGGUCAGCUAUGGUACAGCGCUUCUGGAGCAGAGAGGGUUUAAGAGCCUUGUACGAGGAUCCAGUAGGCCCCAGCAUGCAUGCACGCUUGGUAGACAUGGGCCACGACUUUGCAUUGACAAGUCAAAUACAAUUUACACACCACAAUGGGGCCUUCUGCAAAAUCCCAAUCCAUAGGAAGGACCAUGAUCGACGUCCUUCAUCUCCAAAAUAUCCACUAUACGGCCAAAACUAUGUGGACACCUGACUCGCACACCCAUACGUGGGCCUUUUCCGAACUGUUCCCACGUAAUCAGAAGCAAACGAUGGUAUAUAAUGGGAUGUCAGUGUGCGCUCUACCAUUAAAGGAUUGCUCCAGUGGAUUUAAUCUCAAACUUAUUUUAAGUAAAAGUAGGCACAGAUUUCACAAAUCAAACUUUAC